AUGGUGAAGGCUCGCGAUCAUCCAGCAGUCGCUCCGUCUUUGCGCGCAUUUGGUGAACCAAUUUCCGGUAUCGCUCGUUGUUUCGACGUUUCUCGCAUGACAGUCUCUCAAAUCGCGUUGCGUGGACAUAUCAACGACAAGACGGUAGUCAUGUUUCUGUUACUACUUCUUUUUCGAUUACAAUUGCCUGAGAAUUGUAACGCCACGAAACCUGCAGAAACACGAGGAAAGUCACUGCCGAAAUGGAUGUAUGUUCUACUUUGA